CUUUAAUCCCAUGCAAGCAUCGCAUGUCACCUACUAUGUUUCUAACAGGCCUCAAGCUCUUCAAGAAUAUCUGAGAGGUGAAGAUGAUUAUUGUCCAUACUCCGAUGGAAAGACUUCGACCCCUUGUGGGCUCGAACGGCUGGGACUUCUGUGUUCUCUGGAAAUUGAGUGAAGAUCAAAGACUGAUAGAGUGGAUUGACUGUUGCUGCGCUGGAGCUGAACACAACGAAAUUGGAAAUGAAGAAUUCGAUUUUCCAGUGUCUCCAUGUAGGGAUGUCAUGUUUCAGCAUCCAAGAAGAACCAAAGCUUGCGAACUACUUGCUCAGAUGCCCUCUUCUGUGCCCCUAGAGUCCGGGAUUUAUGCGCAUGCCUUCAUGUCAUACCAACCAAAGUGGCUUAACUUCGCCAGCAGCUCCGACUCAAAAGCAGAAGAAGGUACAAUUGGGACCAAGGUCCUUGUACCGUUUACUGGAGGUUUGGUUGAGCUUUUCGUUACUAAACAAGUACCAGAAGAUCAACAAAUCAUAGGCUUUAUCACAUCCCAGUUCUCCAUUCCGUUUGAGGCCGAUUCCUUAUCCUCAGUCUGUAUGGAGACAAAUUUCUCGAUAAUACCGAAUGCUUUGAAUGAUCUGCAGUCCAGGCCACAGAUGAUAGACCCAAAUGACCACACUGAUUCGCCGGCACAACUGCCUGAAAAUCUGAACCUGCAUGAUGCUUCCAGUGACAGAAUCCACCAGUAUGAGGCGACCAUCGGAGGAUCGUAUGACACUUUUGUAGCUAACGAGGAAAUGAAUCCUUCCAACAAGUUGUCAGCAAUGGACGGAUUUCAAGAGAUGGAUGGAGCGGAACAAAUGAAUGUGGACCUUACAGAACAAGUGAACACAGAGUGGCAAGGGAAUGAUGAGGAAACAGUAAAACCAGAGAAUGGCGCGACAAAGUCCACAUCUGAUUGCAGCGAUCAGAACGAGGAGGAUGAUGAGAGGAAUGGGAAGCAGCCUCACUCGAAGAACCUUCAAGCAGAGAGGAGGAGGAGGAAGAAGCUCAAUGACCGCCUCUACAAUCUUCGCUCAUUAGUCCCAAAAAUUUCCAAGCUGGAUAGAGCUUCAAUACUUGGGGAUGCAAUCGAAUACAUAAUGGAGCUGCAGAAGCAAGCUAAGGAACUCCAAGAUGAGCUUGAAGAGCAAUCGGAUGUGGAAGACCCCAGGAACUCCGGCAGCAGCAGCAACUUCACCGUUGGCCAACCCGAGUUUUUCGACAUUGGGCUCCUGUCAGCAUCAGAGAAAGUGGCAUUUACUUAUCAGCUGCCAGGAAACACUCAAGGAGAUGGAUCCACCAGGAGAAACCGUGAGUCAGAGACAGCAUAUGACAAGCAACAACGCAUGGAGCCGCAGGUGGAAGUUCGGCAGAUGGACGAGAAUGAGUUCUUCAUCAAGGUGUUCGGGGAGCACCGGCCUGGCGGUUUUGUGAGAUUGAUGGAGGCUUUGGACUCCAUAGGCCUCGAAGUGACCAAUGCAAAUGUGACCAGAUUCCUAAGCCUUGUCUCAAACGUUUUCACUGUUGAGAAGAAGGACAGCGAGCUGGUGGAAGCCGAUCUCCUGAAGGACUCUCUGCUGGAGCUGACGAGGAAUCCCACAAGUGGGUGGCCAGGGCUGAGCAAAGCGGUGGAGACUGGCAGUGCCAGGAAUUACCAUGGCCAUCAGCAUCAUUACCACCUCCUGCACAACCAUCUCUUCUGAUUCCACAGUCAGUGCCUUCCCAGCGUUUGAUAAGAAAAUCUCUACCUUAUAGGUUAUUCAAGUGAGAAAGCUGCUUGUCUCCUC